AUGUCAAUCUCCGCCCAGGCUGCAGCUCGAUGCUGCAGACAGCUCGUCCGCUCGACCGCUUCCCUUCGCAUUUCCGCUACAUAUCAGCAGACAGUUAGCCGGAGGUGGCAGUCCACGGAGGCCGCUCCUGCUGCUCCUACCAACCCAAAGAUCACCCAGAUUGUCGACCAGAUUAGCCAAUUGAACUUGUUAGAAACGGCUGAUCUCGUUGCUAGCCUGAAGUCUCGCCUAAAUAUCCCCGACCUCCCCGUCGGCGGCUUCGCCAUGGCCCCCGGUGCCGCCCCCGGCGCCGCUGCCGCUGCUGAAGAAGAGGAGGCCGCUCCCCCACCACAGGAGAAGACUUUGUUCAACCUGAAGCUUGAGGCUGUCGAGGCCUCAUCGAAGGCUAAGGUCAUUAAGGAGGUCAAGACACUCCUCGGUCUUUCGCUCGUUGACAGCAAGAAGUUCGUCGAGUCCGUGCCGAAGGUACUCAAGGAGUCUGUACCGAAGGAGGAGGCUGAGAAGAUCAUUGAGACCCUGAAGGCUGUUGGGGGUAAGGCUAUCAUGGAGUAG